AUGUUCAGUCGUCUGUGUACUCUCGCACUCAUCACAGUUCCAUGUGUCUCUGCCUGGGGUGUUGAUGGACAUUCUACCGUUGCUGAGGUUGGUGACAAUCGUCUCUCAGUGAAUGCCAGACAGGCCGUUAACGCUAUCAUGGGUGAUGGUGUCCGCCUUGGAGAAUUCUCUAGCUGGCCUGACUUCAUCCUUCACGGUACUCCCGAAGAGAAGGAGGAAUGGGGAUGGUCAGCCGGAUUGCACUAUGCUGAUUCCCAAGACUGCACGUUUGUUUACGACCGAGAUUGCAAGGACGACUGGUGUGUUGCUGGUGCCAUCAAGAAUUAUACCAGGAGGGUUGCCGACGAAUCCUUGUCUCGUUAUGAGCGUCAGGUGGCUAUGAAGUUCCUCGUUCAUUUCAUGGGUGAUAUCCAUCAGCCUCUUCAUGCUGGAAGUUCUUCCAACCUCGGUGGUAAUUUGAUUAAGGUGACCACAGACUUCGCCAACAACAAGAGCACCAAUCUCCACUCUGUUUGGGACUUUAGCAUUCUCGAUGAGUGGGAGCUUGAGCGUUACCCCGGCCAGUAUGUCUUCCAGGACGAUCCGGCUGAUCACCCCGGUGAGGACGACGAGAUCCAGAGAAUCGACCGUACCCGCUUCUGGACCAACAUCGUUGAUUCUAUUGGUGUUGAUUUGAUGGUUGGUGGUAAGUACGCCGAUAAGGUCGACGGUUGGCUGAAGGAUUGCGAGACUAACGGUAUCGACGAGUGUGUGAAUACCAUGCUCCAAGAUGAUGUUGAUAUCGCUUGCAGUAUGGCAUACACUAACGUUGAUGGCACUUCCGUGGAGAGCGGUGAUGUCCUCUCAUUCGACUACUACACUACCCGUAUUGAGACUGUUAGAGAGCAGCUUGCCAAGGGUGGUGUUCGCUUCGCCUGGCUGUUGAACAACAUCUUCGAAGAUGGAACUACCGUCAUUGACGAUGCUACUACUACCACGCCAAUCCCUGCGACUACUGCUGUUCCUACUACUACUCCUUACAUGACUUGUGAGGACGCUGAUAGGCUCUGCGCCAAGUCGUACGAGGGUUCCUACUGCAAGUACUGGCUCGAUGAGCCAGUGUGUUCCGGCAGUGACAAGCCAUGCUCUUGCUCUGCCCAGUCCUCUACUACUGGGGUUGACUUUUAACUCAAUCGUUUACAGCAGUAGGUUGGGAUUUCUUUUCGUAUGUGUACGUUCUCGCGACUCGAUGUUGGAGUCCUUCACGGGCUUCUUGGUUUUUCCUGUUCUCGUUUCGAGUACGUUUGCUUUGUAUCUAUAGUAGAUGAUAUCUAUGGUGUGCUUUCUCUUUUGGGAAUUCAAAUUUCUAUUGCGCCUAUAACACAGUC